CCAUCUUGACAGCACCCUCAAAAUGGCAGAAAGAUGUGAGCUAGAAACCGAGUCCAAACUAAGAUUCCUGCUGUCUGUUAUUUAAAACAGCACUCGCCAGUUUUUCCAUAAACGAGUGGUUAUGGGGUUGGUGCUCUACGCGGCAGUUUACAGCCAGUAAAAUGGAUAUACCGACGGCGGUUUUCAACGCGGCGAAAGAUGGUAAGCUGAAACUUAUCCAGAAGUUGCUGAGCAACAAAACUCCUGAGGAGCUGGAGGCUUUAGCCGAGGAGAAAACCCAGGGAGGAACUCCUCUGCUGAUAGCCUCUCGAUACGGACACUUAGAAGUUGCAGACUACCUACUUGAACAUUGUAAAGCAAAUGUUGAACUCGGGGGGGCUGUUAACUUUGACGGCGAGACCAUCGAGGGGGCUCCUCCGCUGUGGGCAGCCUCUGCCGCCGGUCACCUGCCUGUGGUGAAGACGCUACUGAAACACGGUGCCUCGGUGAACAACGCGACACUAACUAACUCAACGCCGCUCCGAGCUGCCUGCUUUGACGGCCACCUGGAGAUCGUCCGCUACCUGGUGGAGCACAAAGCUGACAUGGAGGUAGCCAACCGCCAUGGUCAUACCUGCCUCAUGAUCUCCUGUUACAAGGGCCACAAGGAGAUAGCCAAGUUCCUACUGGACCGCGGUGCAGAUGUCAACCGCAAGAGUGUCAAAGGGAACACCGCCCUGCACGACUGUGCGGAGUCAGGCAGUCUGGACAUCAUGAAGAUGCUGCUAAAGUGCAAUGCUCGCAUGGAGAGAGAUGGAUAUGGAAUGACCCCACUCCUCGCUGCAAGUGUUACAGGUCACACCAACAUUGUAGAAUAUCUGGCCCACCAGCCUCGCACCUCCAGAGAGGAACGAAUCGAUGCACUCGAACUCCUUGGGGCUACUUUUGUGGACAAAAAACGGGAUCUUUUGGGGGCGAUGAGGUACUGGAGAAGGGCCAUGGAGCUGAGACAACCAGGGGACAAAUGUGGAUCCCUAGCUAAGCCCCCACCUGGCCCUCCUAUCCCGGCCUAUGGCUGUGCACAGGAGGUGACAACUGCAGAGGAACUGGAAGCCUUGAUCACAGAUCCUGACGAAAUGAGGAUGCAGGCUUUGUUGGUAAGAGAACGCAUCCUGGGCCCAUCCCACCCAGACACCUCAUACUACAUCCGCUACAGAGGAGCUGUGUAUGCUGACUCCGGCAACUUUGAACGCUGCAUCAGCCUGUGGAAAUAUGCUUUAGACAUGCAGCAGAGCAACUUGGACCCUCUCAGUCCCAUGACAGCCUCCAGCUUCCUAUCCUUUGCAGAGCUUUUCUCUUUUGUACUUCAAGACCGGGCCAAAGGCACCCUGUCAACACGCGUCACUUUCCACGAUCUCAUGACAGUGCUGGUGAAAAGUGUGAGGGAAGUGGAGAGAGCGGUGGCCCAGAGGGACAACCCUCCAGAGGCUCCUCAGUUCACCAAAGCUCUCUCCAUCAUCCUGCACCUCAUCUUUCUGCUUGAGAAGCUUGAGUGCACCCCGGAGCAGGAGCACCAGAAGAAGCACACAGUGUAUCGCCUGCUGAAGCUGAACCCUCGAGGACGCAGUGGCUUUACUCCUCUCCACAUGGCUGUAGAUAAAGAGACCACCUCUGUGGGCCGCUACCCUGUGGGCCGCUUCCCCUCCCAGGCGGUGGCAGCGCUGCUCCUGGAGUGUGGCGCAGAUGUUGAUUCACGUGACAGUGAAAACAACACGCCUGUGCACAUUGCUGCUAACAACGGUUGUCCGGAGAUUAUGGCACUACUUAUGAAAGCCGGGGCUCACUUUGACGCUACAAAUGCAGAGAGGAAGACAGCCUACGAGCUGCUGGAUGAGCAGAGCAGCGGGCACCCGGCCCUCUACCCACUGAGCUACGUCACCCUUCAGUGCCUGGCGGCGCGUGCAAUUGAAAAGCACAGACUGCCCUACAGGGGACUCAUCUCUGAGGAGAUGGAGGCUUUCAUUGAACUGCACUGACUUGCACUACUGUCCCCUGAUGAGAAACCCCUGCACUGUUCUUCCUGUUGUCCACUAUGACCUGGCACAAACUUCCCUCUCCACACCAAGCUCCUCAUCUUUGUCUCCUUUUGGCCCCUGCUUUGCUCCUGGCCCCACCAACCUUGUGUCACACCAAACCAUAGCAAUAGAUAUCUGGCUAUCUGUGGUCAGUUAUCACUCAAUCGUAACACUUAAGUCACAUGGACUUUACAUUUUUGUAGUGCUAUUUAAAGCUGGGUGAAACUUCAAUUUGUUAUAGGCUUUAAUGCGUUUCCCUUAAAAAAGAGACUGGUGGUGCUGGUGUGUGUUUAGUGGUGGCUGGACUGUAUGAAAGAUGUUUAAAUUGUACUGCAUCUGAUCAAACCAGCCAGAUAACAUGCAUGAAGAUGAAUAGUGAAUAUCAUCUGCUAUUUUUCUUUGAAAUUGGAAGGUGUUUGAAUUUGCAGUGCCAAAUGUCAGCUAUGUUCCGUUACAGACUGCAAAGUGAUGGCAAAAUGAAAAGUACCAAAGUUAUUAUCCUUAUUAUUUACGAGCAAAAGUAAUGACAUAAGGAUCAGGAACUCAAGUUCGGAAAGGACAAAGAGCUUGUAUUUAUUGUUUAGCGAACACUCCCAGUCUCCACACAUGUUUACCUAUGCAGUUUGUUGAUAUUCCAGCCAAUGUUUUUAAGCAAAGAAUUCACUACAUUAACAGAAUUUACAUUGGAUUGUUAUCCAGUAUUUGGCUCAAACCUGGGGCGGCCUCUUUGAUGAGGAAAUGUUAUCUUUUUAAUUUAUGAAUGUUUUCUUAAAACUUCUGCCUAUGUCUGAAUGAGCACUUUUUAAACUAAAGCCCAAAGAUGUGCCUACAUCUCUUCUGGGUUAUUUCAACAUCGCCAAAGAUAUUCAGUUCACUCAGUCAAAGAAGCAUCUUCAGAAUUAGGCCGUUUUGUGAAGAUAAAACAGCUUAAGCCCCUUUUUGUUUUAUUCCUAUGGGGUUAAAGUCACAUGUUAACUGUCUGAGAUCAUGUGUAAAUUCUGGUUUGGAGUGAAUUUUCCCUUUAACCUCAGAUGCAGUUCACAGAAAUGGAACUGGCAGUUCCUGCAUCUUAGUCUUAUUGUAAUUGUUCUUUUGUUCAUCUUGUGUUAUCAUGAAUGUUUGGUCAGUCAUUCGUCUGUGCUAAGCACCACCAAGUUGAAUGCACACCGAGAGGCUCUAAAUCCAAAAUGGACAACUCCCAUUCAGGCUUUGAACUGAUGCUGCCUUUUUCUUCUCAACUGAUUCGUUUAACUGAUGGUAACUCGAGAACAAAAGUGAGUUGCAGAUACUUGAAUAAAAUUCAGUAUCUCAACAUAA